CUAAACUCUCAGAAAAAUGUCGCAAGAAGUAGAAGAAACGUUGAAGCGAAUCCAAAGCCAUAAGGGUGUCGUUGGAACAAUUGUCGUCAACAACGAAGGUAUUCCAGUUAAGUCGACGCUUGACAACACAACAACCGUUCAAUAUGCGGGUCUGAUGAGUCAACUGGCCGACAAAGCGCGGAGUGUGGUACGCGAUCUCGACCCAUCCAACGAUAUGACAUUCCUUCGAGUGCGCUCCAAGAAACAUGAAAUUAUGGUCGCACCCGACAAGGAUUUUAUUCUCAUUGUUAUUCAAAAUCCAACCGACUAAAUGUUUACUAAACAAAACUUAUUGCUGAUAAAGA